CUCUCCAUAUCCCGAUCACCUGAACUACAACCAUGUCUAGAACCACCAUCUUCUUCAUACUCGUCCUCCUCUUCUGCUCCCCACCACCCUACACUGCCAGCCUCACCACCACCACCACCAUGACGAAACAUAAAAAUAAGGGAGGCGUUGAAACUGCACAAAUUGAAGAGGGCUGUGAAGGAAUUGGUGAAGAAGAAUGCUUGAUGAGAAGAACACUUGUUGCUCAUAUCGACUAUAUCUAUACACAGAACCAAACCCCAUGAAAAAGCUUCCAUCUUUAUUCAUGUACAUUGUUAUUUUUCAAGAUUCUUUAACAAAAUAUAUACAUCA